GAAUAGCCGGCAGAGGUUCGCUUAAGUGUUGAAGGUGGGUGCGUCCUCGUCUGCAAUACUCAAUUCCGACCUUGCAAACACCCCCGCCGUGAGGAUGGGGAAGACUCCGUUCGCAAAGAGUAGUCCCAAAACAGCGCUCAUCGCACGACUCGGGUUGUACGGCCCCAAUGGCGACUCGAUAUAUCGGCUGUUAUAUAACGAAGCGGAACAAGGAAGAGACAGAUUGAGUGGCGAUUACAACAGCUUAACCAAGCUUUCCAUGAAAGAAGGGGCCCGCGCUCCGUAUAAGUGGGAUGAUUUGUCCGAGACAGCUAGGCACAGAGAGAUAUUGAACAUCGUCCGAACGGCGAGUGUGUACACAAGGCCAUACUACCAAUUGGGUCGAUGGAUGACAACUGAGGAAGAAAACUGGGUAGCAGAGUGGUUUCUGUGGCACAGCUUUCGCUUCCGAGACAACCGUAACAGCCAGGCUGCUGGGCAGCAUUCGACCGGUGGCCACCCUACCGCGAGCAGUGAUCCAAUUCAAGGAGGUGAGUUGCCGGGCUAGGGGUUUGUCGAGAAAAAAGCGCAGCUAACUCUUGCUCAGGUGCAUCGGCUACCCCGUACUGGAACACAGUCCUCUAGUGACCCCGAAGGACUUUGCGUCCAGCACACGGGGCUCGACUCUAUGCCUACACAGCAACAUCUUCGUACAUGCAGCUUUCGACGACGUUUUAAGUAGAUGUGGAACAAUGACUACGGAUAGAAGAUCCAUCCAAGCACCGCUUCCUCGGAACGAUUUCUGUUUAUCACUUACUAUCAUUUGUUCCAGGAUUCUGGUUACCUCUUGGCUCUUUGACUAUGAAAGCUUUGGGUAGGUUGCUCAAGCUGGGAA